AUGGAAAAGGCCUUGGGUGGUGGUGCUCACACCCAAGAGGAGCAAAUACUGGACAACUUCUUCGAGGAGGGUCCCUAUCCGCUUCGCCGCACCUCGCUCCGCCUCCCCUCCGCUUCCCCGACCCUCCACGAGACGGCCGACGCGGCAUCGGAGCUCGCCGCCGCCCCUCCUUGCCGCCCCGUGGUGCUGCGGUACAUCCAGCAGCAGCAGCUCGCCGCCGGCGCCCCUCCUCCUCCUCCUCUCGUGACGGAGUGGUUGGUGGACGACAUCCUGCCGCUGCUGCCCGCGUCUGCCCUCCGCCUCCUCGCCCUCGCCCAGCGCUACACCCUCGUCACGCUCUCUACGCCGCGCCGCCGCCGCCACCACCUUCACUCCGCUGGGCCGCCGCCGCCGCCGCCGCACGAGGGCGACGAGGGCCUCCGCACACAGCGCGUAGGCACGGUGAGCGAUGCAACCCUUCGCCGCCUCCUCGCCGACGCAGUCGCGGCCUCGACCUCGUCCGGCUCGGUCGACGACGGCGACGGCGACGGCGGCAUCCCCGUCGUGCACGAGCUCCUCGCCGCUCUCGCUCUCCGCCUCCCUCCCUCCCCUUCCCUCCUCUCCCGGAGUAGGGAGGACGGCGGAGAAGACGAAGAGGAUCUGUGGGUGGUGCAGGAGCCCGAUGGGCACGCGGAGGCGGGCGAAUUCCUGAAGCCGGCGCCCGUUGUGCGAGUGCACGGGCGGCACCGCAACCUCUUCGGCCCGGGCCAUCAGCACUCGGAGCACCGGAAUGGCGAGGGCGAGGGCGAGGAGCAGCAGCUCAUGUGCCGCGUGUCGCUGCUUACCUUCGAUCCGCAGCUCCAGCUGCCCGUGUCGGCCGACCACGUGCUCGAGGGCAUCCUCACCACCUCCGUCGAACCGGACGGGCUCGCCAAGUUCCCCUCCCUCAAGCUCCUCCCCGACACCGACGCUGCGCGUCCCUUUCCCGCAAGCACCACGUCGUCCACCGCGGCCACCACCACCACCACCACCACCACCACGUCGUCCACCGCGACAACGGCCAUCACCACCUACUCCUACUACUGCCUGGAGUUCCAGCUGUUUGCCCUCCCCUCCAAGCUCGAUCCGCUGGUGGGCGCCGACGCCUUCUCCCUCGACUCGUCGUGCCCCUUUUCCGCCCUUCGCGCCCGCUCCCUCCUCGUGCGCUCCCCUGCUCAUCACUCCGCUCCCGCCUCGUCGUCCCUCCAGCCCUUCUCCUCCUCCUCCUCCUCCUCCACCACCUCGCCGUCCCCGUCGUCGUCGUCUCGCAAGCGUCCGGCCUCCGCCCUGAGCGAGGCCGCCACGGGGAGGCAUCCGUCCGCGGACGACGGCUACCACCACCCCCAUCCCCGCCACCCACAGGAGGGGGUCGAGUGUGACGGGCUGGGGCAAGUGGCGGGCACCACGCCCCUGAGCAAGCGGUCGAGGGGCGGCCCACCCGACGAGCCCUCGCCCGCCCUGAGCGAGGCCGCCACGUGGGGCCAUCCGCCCGAGAUCAUUCCGGGCAUGCCCCACCACCACCACCACCACCAGGCAGCUGCUGCUCUCGACUACGACCCGCCCCUGUCCAUGCACUCGUCCCACCACCACGCUGCUGCCGCGGCGUCCAACGUUGUCGGCUCCAGGUCGUCUUCAUCAUCGGAAGGCGGCGUCGACCUGUUCUGUGUGCCGGUCUCAACUCCCCCCUACUUCUCCUCCUCUCUCAUCGCUUCGUCGUCGUCCUCAUCGUCCUCCUCCUCGUCGUCGUCGUCGUCGUUGUCGUCGUCGUCCUCCGCUACCCCCACCCCCACCCCCGCUUCCUCCUACUCGCUCCCUUCGGACUCAUUUCCCUACCCGGUGGGCCUGCCCUCCUACACGCCCGCCAUCGCGACCGAUGAGCUGGCCUCUCCGGACCCGCACGCCCACAUGGCGGUGGUGUCGCCCUACCAGCCGAUCCCCGCGCGGCAGAUCACCGCCUCCCUGCAGCAGGCCGCCGCCACGGGGAUGCAGCACGCCCUUUCGCACACGCACCCCGGCGGCGUCGACGGGGCGCUUCCCGUGUGGGGCGAGGGCGACAGGGUGGAGCUGCUGUCUGCGGCCCACCAGGGCGCCGCCCAUCCGCCCACCGGCGGUGUCGACGGAAACAGCGUCCGCUGGGGGGAGGAUCCGAGCUCCCUCUCCCCGGCCGCCAACCCGCAGCAGCAGCAGAUGCAGACCGCUGCGUUCGUCUCCCGCAUCUCGGAGCACUACGCCAAGCUCGUGCAGGGGCAGGGCACGCCGCACCUCGCGCCUGCAGCGGGCCUGCAGACGCCGCCUCCCAUCCACAUCCGAUCAGCCAUGGCCUCCCCCAACAAGCAGCAGCUGCCCUCCCACCAGCAGCACCCACACCACCAUCACCACCACCAGCAGCAGCACCACCCGCUGCACAGGUCGCUCACCAAAAAGGAGCCCAACGCGCUGAUGCCGCAACCUUCGUCGUCGUCUUCGCCGCUGCUCGAGGGCUCCACGUCGCCACUGCUCAACAACCUCCUGGCCGCCCACGCCGCGCCUCCUUCCGCCGGGCAAGGGCAGGGGCAGCAGCAGCAGCAGCCGGGAGGGGGCCAAGGGCGCAUCGACAUCACGGACCUGCUGCAGCUCCCGCAAAACGAGGCGGCGGCGCGCCUGCACAUGUCCAACGCCACGUUUUCCAAACGCUUCCGGCAGGCCAACGACAACAAGCGCUGGCCCUUCCGCGCCCUCCAAGUAAUCGAGAAGCAGCUCAAGGACGCCAUCGCCAAGGACCAGAAGGCCACAGUCGCCGCACUCGAGGACAAGAAGCGCCUCCUGCUCAGCCCCGCCUACAUCUCCCUCAAGAAGUAA